UUGGAGUAUAAUCUCUUCCUGUUCAACCGUGUUUUGAUUUGGGGACUUGUCGAGUGAAUCGGUGUCCGAGAAUACUAAGCAACAGGAAUAGCUGGGUCAUUAACCUGUAAGAAAACAGAGCUAUAACAGUGGCGACGGGGAAAAACUAAAGAAAAAUGGCGAUUUCUUUAGAACAGUUGCGGUUAAUAUUACAGCACCAGCAGAAGUUGUUAGCCUUGCAACAACAACUAUUGAGCACACUUUUCACUCGACCAGAAAAUAAGAAAUCUGUUUAUGAUGCAGUAACAGACAUUUCAGAAGCAUAUCUAGUGGAGGGUUCAAAUCCCUUUAUACCUGAAUCAGAACGUAAUAUUUGUAACGUUUCCGGCUCACAGCAAGGAAAUCCUGUGUUGAAUGCUCAUAAAGUUGUGGCAAUACGAGAUUAUCAAGAGCCAGACCCUGCAGAUGAAGCCCGGAGUCCAGAAUUGAAUGAAGCACUACUGGUUCUGUCUAGCUCUGAAAAUAACUUUCAGCUAGAACAAAUUUAUGGUCCACGUGAUAUUAGCCAAGAAAGCUAUGGGGACUCGUAUUCAGAAAAUAACUGCAGUGACACAACGAACCCAAUUAUACCGAAUGUUACUCAAAAUCAUUGUGAGACAGAAACUUAUAUUGAAUCAGCUUAUCCGAUUUCUAAUGACAAUGUAUCAGACAUGGGUUCUCAGAACAAUGCAUGUUAUUUCGAUGAAAUUUCUCAUAAAAAUCAGGAAAAUAUAUCAGCUGAGUCAAAUUAUGGUCAAAAGUCUAAUUUAAUUUUGUUAGAUGAUGAUUUCCGUAAUGAUCCAUUAUCCACUGAUGAAAUUCCUAAUGGAUUUGAAAGUAAUGCUUCAGAAGAAUUAAACUUUGACCUCAAAUCAAAGGUCGUUCAUUAUCAUCUAGUCGUUUCUAGUGGAUCCAACAUUCAACGCGAGAAACGUCGUUUAAAUAAAGUCCUAUUAUUUGUAACUUGGAGAUAUAAGGAUCCGACAUUGUUUCGCGGAGGAGGAGAAUGUUGGAGAAUUAAAAGUUAUGCAUACUUUUUUUUUAAAAAAAAUCGAAACGCCGGGAACAGACACAUCAGUCUCUGUGCAAGAAAAAAGUGAUAAUUCUUUAUUGCUUAGACGAUGGACUAAUCUAGAGCACAAGCCAGUCACUCAGUUGCAGUUGGACCCUAGCACCAGAUCCUACGAAUCUGCUCAGAGGGGAGGUGUUAGCGGGACAUAGACUAGAUUAAAGCAUGCUCAAGGCAUGAUUGCUUUGGUGCACGCUGAUUGGCUGGUUCUUAUCCAAUCAGCACUAGUCGAUAGU